AUGAAUCUUAAUCUUAGUGAUGCUAUUAAUAUUGAUUCUAAUAAGAGAAUAAAUGAGGGAGAUUCAACUGCAGAUUUCGCUCAUAGGGUAAUUAAAGAUGCAACUGUUUCAAUACCAGAAAAUCCAUUAUAUGAUGAUUCGAAUUUGCGUGAUACCAUUCAAAAUCCAUCUGAAGAUAUCAAUUUGGAUUUAGCUCCAUCAAUAAAUCUUCUUCGUAAAAAGCCGUUAAGUAUUUUUCAGUUAGUUAUCAUUAUUAUUUCUUUCCUUCGUUUUGUGAGAGCUUACUCUCCUAGAUUGAGAGCUAAGCAUAAAGAGAGAGUUAUGUUGCAGAAUAAAUGGGAUAAAAGGGAUAAAAAAAUGAAAGAUGAUUGGGAAAAGAUGGAAAAAAAAUGGAAUGAAAGGAAACAAAAAGAAAAUAGAGAAAAGGAAAAGUUAAAUAAAAAAAAAGAGGAAAGGAAAAAAAAGACAAAUAAUGAGAUGGAAGAAUUUAAUAGGAGAUGGAAUGGAGAAAAAGAAAGAGAAAAUGAUUCAGAAGAUAAAUCCUUGAAAAUUUUGAAUCCUUCGAGUGUAAGUGGAAAAAAUAUUGAGUCCUUGAAUGAAGAACAAUACCACAUUUAUUUGGAUGAACAAAGUACAAGCCAAGCAUGUAAUAAAACUUUUAAAAAAAAAAAAAAAAAUAAUAUGCCUUCGAAUAAUAAAGGAGAAAAAUUGAAAGGAAAAUUUUCCAAUAAACUAAAAUCUGAACUUGAACUUGAAAAAAAGAGAAGAGAAGAGCUCUUUCGUCAAGUGGUUGAAUUAGAUGAGAAAUGGAAAAAAUAUGAAGAACUUUGUAUAAUGAGAAGCGAAUGGAAAAAAGAAGAAAGAAAAAAAUUAGAAGAAGGAAGAAGAGAAAGAAGGAAAAAACACGAGAAAAAAAUGCUGAAAGAAAAUGAAGAGCGGAAAAAGCGCAUGAUAGAAAAAAAUAAAGAGUGGGAAAAUAGAAUGAUAGAAAAAAAUAAAAAGUGGGAAAAUAGAAUGAUAGAAAAAAAUAAAGAGUGGGAAAAAAGAAUGCUAAAAGAAAAAAAAGAAAUGGAUGAGUGGGAAAAGAGAAUGCUAAAAGAAAAAAAAGGAAACGAAAAGUGGGAAAAGCGGAUACUAAAAGAAAAGGAAGAGGGGGAAAAGAUAAUGCAAGAAGAAAAAGAAGAAUGGGAAAAGGAAAUGCUAAAAGAAAAAGAAGAGUGGGAAAAGAAAAUGCUAAAAGAAAAAGAAGAGUGGGAAAAGAAAAUGCUAAAAGAAAAGGAAAAGUUGGAAAAGAGCAUAAUGGAAAAAAAUGAAAAGUGGAAAAGAGAAGAAAAUAUGAAAGUUAAUGAUGAAGAAAUUAAGUUGAAUUUAAAGUGGAAAAAAGAACUUGAUAAGAUAAAAGCAAAAGAAGGUAAAAAAAUAAAAAAAAUACAAAUACAUAUAUAA